AUGGCCAAUUUGAGAUACCCAGAAGAUUAUCACUCCUACUUCGAUCCAAAAAUCUAUCUAGAAAUAUGCUACUCACAAUUCAAAGAAGGCGAUGACAGUGAUUUGUCAGCAGCACUGCCGUUUCUUAAACUAUUGCACGAGUUUUGGUCGAAUUUUAAGUCCUUGUCAGAGACGGAAGUUGGCGAAUUUCGCUAUCUUGAGUACGGUGGUGGACCGUCAAUAACAAACAUUGCUUUUGCCUGCCCGAAAGUGAAUCACAUCGUAUUUUCAGAGUAUACAGAAGCAAAUAGACAAGCUGUGAAAUCAUGGAUUGCUGGUGAACCUGAUUCCCACGACUGGAUGCCUUUAUUUGAAGUCAUCUCGGAGCUCGAACAACAAGAAAAUAAAAUUCCUGUCGAGUCAACGGAGAAAGAGAAGCAGGAUGCUUUACUCCAUCGUGCUAAUGAAUUGAAGAAAAAAAUAAAAUCAAUCGUACCCUGUGAUGUAACCAAGACACCAAUAGUUCAACUUGAGCACGAUGAUGUUGGCAAACCAUUUGAUUUUGUUGGCACUAGUUUGUGUCUGGAGGCAUGCGUGACGUCUGAAGAGCACUACAAGAAUACUGUUGCAAAGCUUUGCAAUUUGCUCAAACCAAAUGGUUAUUUAUUCAUGUACGGAGUGUUGGAGCAGACUUAUUACUUCGUAGGAAAAGAGAAAUUUUAUACUUUUCCCUUGAAUGAGAAAAUGGUAAAAGAAGCGAUGAAUGAAGCGGGAAUGAAAAUUGAAAAUUUUACAACAAUCCCUGUCACUUGGUCAGAGGCGAACAUCUCUGAUUGUAAAGCAACAUUUUUUACCUAUGGACGAUCUUGUAAAAUUUGA